CAGAAUCGGAGGAAGAUACUAUGGUCGCUAUACCACAUCCUGCGGGACGAUGUAAGAAGGAGAUUCGUGUUCGGAUAUACAAUUGAGAAUCGGAAGAUGCGUUGGUGGUACUGCAGUCGCACUGAGGUCUUCGUGUCGACUCCACUCGAUUUCAUCCAGGAUCACAGAUCCGUAGUGGAAUUCCUGCUCUGCGUCGCGUUCGCGGAAGAGCACCAGCUCGGUUGGGAUCCGACAAUCAAGAGG